UUUUUUUUUCGGGUUUCUUUUUGCUUCCGUCUUACCACCCUCCCUACCUUCUCCAUCUUCCCCUGUCCUGAUUUGUCUUGAAUUUGCGCUGGCUACCAGGGACUGGCCCGUCUACUAUUUAAUAGGGAGUUGCGACCCGUACCCAUCAUCGAACAGCUUCAGCGGGAUCCCGAGCUGUUUUUCUGCCCGCCACCUCGUCCGACAGUCGCUCCUUUCCUCCGUGCCUGAUAUUGAGUUCUGUUCCGCCGUGAUUAUCCUCGACGACUGCCCCGGCCACCCUUUCGCUCGAUUCUUAGCCGAAUAAGCUAAACCUAAAAAAGAAAGAAGCACGCUUAUCCCGGCCGGAGAACACGAGACCGCCGGAGCCACCUCGGCUCGAGCCUUGGACAGCCGACGGGCUGGGGCAUAGUUGGGUGACGUUCACCGUGGGCACUGGCGCAAAGGGCGACGGCGAUCUGACGACACAGACCAUGGGUUCCGCACCUGAAAUAAUACGCGGCAACGAUUCGUCCCCUGCCAGGACGCUGACGGAGAAGGAAGGGAUGGCAGACCACGAGCCCACUGCCGCAGCGGGCAACGGGGCUUCCGGUCAGGGAGCUGGCGUGGUACCUGCGUACAAGGAGAAAUCAAUGGCCACGGCCGGCCCAGAGACCGGGGUCAACACGGACAAUGAGGACGUGGCCGACUCGGAGACGGGACGCCGCAACAAGAUGGUGCACGAGCUGGCCCGCGUCUACACCUCGCGGUCCCACGCCGACGGCGGCGCUGGUGCAGAUGGCAGCGACGGGGUGGGGGGCAACCCCUUCGUCGUCGCGUCGUCGGACCCGGAGUCGAGCCUGAACCCCAACGGCAAGAACUUCAGCGCCCAGGCGUGGGCGCGCGCUGUCGCCGACAUGGUCUUGGCCGAGGGUGCCGCCUUCCGCACCAGCGGCGUUUGCUUCCAGAAUCUUGACGUUUUUGGCUUCGGCGCCGCCACCGAUUACCAGAAAACUGUCUCCAACGUCUGGCUCGAGACGGUCGGGCUCGCCAGGCGCCUCCUCGGCCAGGGCCAGACGCGCAUCGACAUCCUGCGCGGCUUCGACGGUGUUGUUCGCAAGGGCGAGAUGCUGGUCGUGCUGGGUCCUCCCGGCUCCGGCUGCAGCACGCUCCUCAAAACCAUCGCCGGUGAGACGGACGGCAUCUUCAUCGAGGACAAGUCGUAUUUCAACUACCAGGGGAUGUCGGCGAAAGAAAUGCACACGUACCAUCGUGGAGAGGCGAUCUACACUGCGGAAGUCGACGUCCAUUUCCCCCAGCUGACAGUGGGUACGACCCUCACUUUCGCGGCGCACGCGCGGGCUCCGCGGAGGAUACCCGACGGCGUUUCCAAGACGCUGUUCGCCAACCACCUUCGUGAUGUGGUCAUGGCCGUCUUUGGUAUCUCGCACACCAUCAACACCCGCGUCGGCAACGAGUACAUUCGCGGCGUGUCAGGCGGCGAGCGAAAGCGAGUGACCAUCGCCGAGGCAGCCCUCUCCGGCGCACCGCUGCAAUGCUGGGACAACAGUACUCGCGGCCUCGACAGCGCCAACGCCAUCGAAUUCUGCAAGACCCUGAAGAUGCAGUCACAGCUCUUCAACACAACGGCGUGUGUCAGCAUCUACCAGGCCCCGCAAUCCGCAUAUGAUCUGUUCGACAAGGCCGUCGUACUGUAUGAGGGCUAUCAGAUCUUCUUUGGCCGCGCCGACGAGGCAAAGCAGUACUUUAUCAACAUGGGCUUCGACUGUCCCGCCCGCCAGACAACUCCCGACUUCCUUACGUCCAUGACCUCACCUCAGGAGCGCAUUGUCCGUCCUGGUUUCGAGGGCAAGGCCCCGCGCACGCCCCAGGAGUUCGCGGCCGCCUGGAAGGCAAGCACUGAGUACGCCGCUCUGCAAGCCGACAUUGAGGACUACAAGUCCACCCAUCCUUUCAAUGGGGCCGACGCCGAGGUCUUCCGCGCCUCCCGCAAGGCCCAGCAGGGGAAGGGCCAGCGCCGCAAGAGCCCCUUCACCCUCAGCUACGUACAGCAAAUCAGGCUCUGUCUGUGGCGUGGCUGGAUGCGACUCCUCGGUGACCCCACACUGACAAUCGGCGCCCUCAUCGCCAACACCAUCAUGGCCCUCAUCAUCUCGAGUGUCUUCUAUAACCUUCAGAUGACCACCUCUAGCUUCUUCCAGCGCGGGUCCCUCCUCUUCUUCGCCUGCCUCAUGAACGGUUUUGCUGCUGCCCUUGAAAUUCUUAUCCUCUUUGCUCAGCGACCCAUCGUCGAGAAACAUGAUCGAUACGCGCUCUAUCACCCGUCGGCUGAGGCAGUCGCGUCGAUGCUUUGCGACCUGCCAUACAAGAUCGGAAACACCCUGGUCUUCAACCUCACGCUGUACUUCAUGAGCAAUUUGAGACGCGAGCCCGGCGCAUUCUUCUUCUACCUCCUAAUGUCCUUCACGACCGUCCUGGCCAUGUCCAUGAUCUUCCGAACCAUUGGUUCGACAUCCCGGACCCUGUCGCAGGCAAUGGUGCCUGCUGCUGCCAUCAUCCUGGCCCUGGUUAUCUUUACCGGCUUCGUCAUCCCCAUCGACUACAUGCUUCCGUGGUGCCGCUGGCUCAACUACCUCGAUCCUCUAGCUUACUCUUUUGAGUCUCUGAUGGUAAACGAGUUUGUCGGCCGACAGUACACGUGCAACAACUUCAUCCCGAUCCCUGAAGUCGCUCGUAAAGUCGGUAUUCCUGUCGACCAGCUGGGACCUACCAACAGGGUCUGCAUGGCUGUGGGAUCUGUCGCAGGUCUGGACUUUGUCGAAGGUGAGGCGUACAUCGGCAGCAGCUUCCAGUACUACGCGGUCAACAAGUGGAGGAACUUUGGCAUCCUCAUUGGGUUCAUUGUCUUCUUCACCAUGACCUACAUGAUCACGGCCGAGCUUGUAUCGGCCAAGAGGUCCAAGGGCGAGGUUCUCGUCUUCCGCCGGGGUCAGAAGCCGGCUUCACUGAAGGAGACGAAGCAAGACGCGGAGUCGGGCUCCAAACCCGCAGGCGUCGUCACCGCCGCCACCGAGGGCAAGGAUGCCGGCUUCAUUCAGCGCCAGACGAGCAUCUUCCACUGGAAGGACGUGUGCUAUGAUGUGAAGAUCAAGAAUGAGAACCGGCAAAUCCUAGAUCACGUUGACGGCUGGGUCAAGCCAGGGACACUCACAGCACUGAUGGGCGUGUCAGGCGCAGGCAAGACCACUCUUCUCGACUGUCUGGCCGACCGGACAGCGAUGGGAGUUAUCACUGGCGAGAUGCUGGUGGAUGGCCACCACCGCGACGCCUCGUUCCAACGGAAAACUGGUUACGUUCAGCAACAGGACCUCCACCUCCAGACCACCACCGUUCGUGAGGCUCUCAACUUCAGCGCCUUGCUCCGCCAGCCCGAUCACAUCCCGCGCGCCGAGAAGCUGGCAUACGUCGACGAGGUUAUCCGCCUAUUGGACAUGCAGGAGUAUGCUGAUGCCGUCGUGGGCGUUCCUGGAGAAGGCCUCAAUGUUGAACAGCGCAAGCGACUCACUAUAGGCGUUGAACUCGCCGCCAAGCCUCCCCUGCUGCUGUUCGUUGAUGAACCUACAUCCGGCCUCGACUCGCAGACCUCCUGGGCUAUCCUCGACCUUCUGGAGAAGCUCACCAAGAGCGGUCAGGCUAUUCUUUGCACCAUCCACCAGCCAUCGGCCAUGCUCUUCCAGCGCUUUGACAGACUCCUUUUCCUGGCCAAGGGUGGCAAGACAGUUUAUUUUGGCGACAUUGGCGAGAACUCCAAGACGAUGACCAGCUACUUUGAACGCAACGGCGGCUUCCCCUGCCCGCACGACGCCAAUCCGGCCGAGUGGAUGCUCCAAGUCAUCGGCGCCGCGCCCGGAAGCAAAUCCGAGAUUGAUUGGUAUCAGGCCUGGCGCGAGAGCCCCGAGUGCGCCGAAGUCCACCGCGAGCUGGAGCAGCUGAAGAACAACCCCAAGGACGUACCGCCGCCGACCCAGGACAGGGCCAGCUACCGCGAGUUCGCGGCGCCCUUCUACAAGCAGCUCGGCGAGGUGACGCAUCGCGUCUUCCAGCAGUACUGGCGCACCCCGUCAUACAUCUACUCCAAGGCAGCGCUGUGUAUAAUCGUGGCUAUGUUUAUCGGCUUCGUCUUCUACGACGCCCCCAACACGCAACAGGGGCUACAGAACCAGAUGUUCGCUAUCUUCAACAUCCUAACCGUCUUCGGCCAGCUGGUGCAGCAGACAAUGCCGCACUUUGUCAUCCAGCGCGACUUGUACGAGGUUCGUGAGCGACCCUCCAAGGUGUACUCGUGGAAGAUCUUCAUGCUCUCCCAGAUCAUCGUCGAGCUGCCCUGGAACACGCUCAUGGCGGUCAUCAUGUUCUUCUGCUGGUACUACCCAGUCGGCCUGUACCGCAAUGCCAUUCUCGCGGAUCAGGUCGUCGAGCGCGGCGGACUCAUGUUCCUCUACCUCUGGAUCUUCCUCAUUUUCACUUCGACGUUUACCGACCUCAUGAUUGCUGGGUUCGAGACGGCAGAGGCCGGCGGCAACAUUGCCAACUUGCUCUUCUCACUCUGCCUCAUCUUCUGCGGCGUCCUCGCUAGCCCUGACACGAUUCCCAACUUCUGGAUCUUCAUGUACCGCGUGUCGCCCUUCACGUACAUAGUGUCGGGCAUGCUGUCCAUCGCCGUGGCCAACACGCGCGUCAACUGCGCCGCCAACGAGUUUAUGCACUUUGACCCGCCGCAGGGCAGCACCUGCGCCCAGUACAUGGGCAUCUACGCCAACGCCACGGGCGGCUACCUCGAGUCGGGAACUGAGUCCCGGACCAGCGACUGCUCGCUCUGCCCCAUCGGCGACACCAACAUCUUUUUGAAGGGCGUCCGGAGCAGCUACGACGACCGGUACCGCAACUUUGGCCUCCUGUUCGUCUACGUUGCCUUCAAUAUCGCCGCGGCCCUCUUCGUUUACUGGCUCGUCCGCGUGCCCAAGAAGAAGCUCACCGGCGACAAGAAGAAGAAGGAGUAGCCCAGGUCGUUUGAUCCCGCCUCGGUUCCUAUGCGCCCUUUUUUUUUCUCUCCUCCGACCCUCUUACGACCAUAAUACGGACGUUUCUUCCCAUUUUGCAUGGUGCGGACCAUAUACUCGGAGUUAAACGUGAGCGGUCGUUGAUGAACACCCUCGUGCCCGACACCAUGUAGCCGGCCAUCUCUGUCCAAUUGACGACCACAUGACCAAAUAUUGUCUAAUCUUGUUUUAGCUACAGUUUUUGUCCCUUUUAGAGCUUUAUUUUCCUAUUUGUAUUCCUAGUACGUCCUUAUAAUGGGUUCUUGCAUCACGCUCGGAUAUUAGGCUGGAAGUCGUCGGUAUAAAUGUCAUUCCUGGCUGGGGACUCGUCGCACACGCAUCCUUUAGUCCCAAUGUAAAGCACGAAGAGGCGUAGAGAAAUCUCUACCGUGCGAACGUUUUUACGAACAAAGGCGUUUUCGGUUAUACAUGUGGGCACUUCUCCAUGCUUCAGCAUUGUCUUCCCAAGGCGAACAAGGGAGUUUAAAACUGUUCUUUGUUCUCGGUUUGCCCAACGGAGGUUGGAGUAUCCUGUUUAUGGAGAGAAGAAGAAAAGAAAAAAAAAGGCUAGAGGCAUUACAGACGGAGCAAGCAGAACUCGCCAAAAAUGAAAUUAUCUGAUCCGACCCAGGAUCGAACUGAGGACCUUGAGCGUGUUAAGCUCACGUGAUAACCGACUACACCAUCGGACC